CUGUCCUCAUCUCACCUCAUUCUGUCAUCCCCUUUCUUCCGGAAACUGCUCACGGGGGGGUGGAAAGAGUCCAAGGAAUUCCAAGAGAAGGGAUUCAUCGAGGUCCAGGCGGAAGGGUGGGACGUCGAUGCAUUCACCAUUGUGAUGCAGGUCCUUCACUGCCAGCACCACAAGAUGACCAAGUUCUUCGACGUCGAUCUCCUGGGCAAGGUCGCCGUGAUUGCCGACUUCUACGGAUGCCAGGACGCGAUGAGAACGGCCGCAAUCCCCUGGCUGGUGCAACUUCCCAAGACCUUCCCCCCCACAACGACUUACCGUGAACUCCUCCUGUGGGUCUGGAUCAGCUAUUUCUACCAACUGACCGAGCAUUUCAGAUGGGCCACCUCAGCUGCCAUGACCCGGGGUAAGGGUCGAAUCAAUGCCCUGGGACUUCCCCUCCCCUCCCACAUCCUCGCGGCCAUCGACUCCAAAAGACAAGCCGCCAUCUCCGACCUCAUCGACCUUGUCUGGGAGACCCGCGACAAAUACGUGACCCACGAGCUAGGAUGCUGCUACGAAUGCUCCAGCAUGAUGGCCGGAUGUAUCGAACACAACAUGGCUGUCCUCGCGACGGACCUGAAGAAGCCGUAUGAGAAGUUCAGCCACGCGUCGCUCAUCAACCGCAUCAACAAAUUCCGCUCGCCUCGCUGGUGUCAU